GUCUGCAGCCCCCAGCCUUCCUCUGUUGCUACAGUACCAGAGGGAGAGGAAGCAGAGGCAGAGCUGCUGUUUGUCUCGGAGAGUCGGAGGGGAAGAGGAGAGAGAGAGAAGAGCCAGAUCCAGUCUUCUGGUAUGUGUCCAGUGUGAGCCGCUCAGCCCAGGCUUCCUCUGCACUUCUGCAGCUGUUUCAAUAUCCGCUCACAGCAGGACUCCAACACCAGCCACGCAAACAGGAACGCCUGUGACCACUAAGACGGCUCGUGUAGAGGAGCAUGUUGUGACAGCCAUGUCUCUGGAGAUGGAGAAGACCAUCACCAAGCUGAUGUACGACUUCCAGAGGAACUCCACCUCUGACGAUGACUCCGGAUGCGCACUGGAAGAAUACGCCUGGGUUCCCCCUGGCCUCAGUCCCGAGCAGGUACAUCAGUACUAUAACUCCCUACCUGAAGAAAAGGUUCCUUAUAUUAACAGCCCUGGGGAGAAAUAUCGCAUCAAACAACUGCUUCACCAGUUGCCUCCACAUGACAAUGAGGUACGUUACUGUAACGCUCUGGAUGAGGAGGAGAAACGAGAACUGAAGAUCUUCAGCAACCAACGCAAGAAGGAUAACCUGGGCCGGGGAAACGUCCGUCCGUUCCCUCUCACCAUCAACGGGGCCGUCUGUGACAAAUGCGGUGGUCAGAUAAACGGAGGGGAUAUUGUAGUUUUUGCUGUGAGGGCAGGUCAUGGGAAGUGCUGGCAUCCUCACUGCUUUGUCUGCGGCACGUGCGAAGAAUUGCUGGUGGAUCUGAUAUACUUCCAUCAGGAUGGGAAGAUCUUCUGCGGCCGGCACCACGCCGAGAGGCUGAAGCCCCGCUGCUGCGCCUGCGACGAGAUCAUUUUCGCUGAUGAGUGCACCGAGGCUGAAGGCAGACACUGGCACAUGAAGCACUUCUGCUGCUACGAAUGUGAGACCACCCUGGGCGGCCAGCGCUACAUCAUGAAGGACGGCCGGCCACACUGCUGCAACUGCUUCGAGUCCCUUUACGCAGAGUACUGCGACGCCUGUGGCGAGCACAUAGGCAUUGACCAAGGACAGAUGACAUAUGAUGGGCAGCACUGGCACGCAACUGAGGAAUGUUUUUGCUGCGCACGUUGCAAGCGCUCUCUGCUGGGUCGCCCUUUCCUGCCGAAGCAGGGACAUAUCUUCUGCUCACGGUCCUGCAGUGCCGGACAGGAUCCAGAAGAGUCUGACUCCUCUGACUCUGCGUUCCAAAGUGCUCGUUCCCGUGAGUCCCGCCACAGCACCAAGAUUGGGAAAAAGGAGCGCAGGAAUGCUGAGCAGGAGCGGCGGAGUUCAGAGACCCGCCAGUCGGCGCCUCCACCGAUGCCUGACCGACUGUCUGCCGAGAUCGAUCCCCUGUCCGUUCAGAUGGAUCGUUUAAGCGUUUCUUCCAGCCAGACUCCGAGCAGGACACCUAAUCGCACGCCGAGCCGCACUCCAAGUCGCGCCCCAAGCCUUAACCAGGUGUGGAUGAGUCGGGAUGAUCCCUACAUUCCUGCUUCCUAUGAGGGCCCGCAAAGGGACCCAUCCCCCUCUCCUACAUCUUUGCAUCUGUUAGGUCAGUGCAAUGCUCGGCAAGGCUACAAUCCUAAUGCAAAUGCACACCAACCAGCCCAGACUCCUGCCAACCCAGUGAAGAGGCCGGAUUCGUGGGGGAAGGAACAGGGUAACACCAAGCGGGCCCCUAUGGCCGCCCUGAGAGGCCAUUCCUUUAAUGAAAACUGGAUCCACCACAACCAGGAAGAAUUCCGACCGAACAAGCUGCGCACCCAGAUGAGCUUCAACGAGAUGUCGAGCCAGAAUCAAGGCUUCUCUGACAAGAGGAGCAUCAGUCUGCAUGGAUUUCAGAGAGACGGCAGACCCCCGCUGACCAGGAGGAACCCGAUCAACGCCAUGAGCUUCAAUGAGCCUCUGACUCCUCUAGAACAGACUCCUCGUGGAUCCAUGGACUCCCUCACUAUGUCCAAUGCGACAGCUGGGAACUCUCUGGAUGGGGUCACUAAGCGUCAGGAACAUUUGUCAAGGUUCUCCAUGCCGGACCUGAGUAAGGACUCAGGCGUGAACGUGUCUGAAAAGAGCAACAUGGGAACACUGAGCUCCUCUGUUCAGUUCCACAGCACAGAGUCGCUAUCCUCCUCUCGGCCAUUCAACAACAACAUGUACACCCCGCUGAGAGUUGGCUACCCGCUGCAGUACUGGGACGGCCCGCAGCCGCUUGGCUUCGACGGCAAGGCUCACGCCGGGGUGAUGGGCAGCAGCGGAAACCUGCGAAUGGCUCCCAUGAGCGACAGGAUGCCACGCCGACGCCUCAACGCGCAGGAAUCUGUGUCCCAACAGCAGCAGGCGCAGCCGCGACGCCGCAAACACCACCGUGGGAACAACGGGCAUCACCGCAGCGGGCGCCACCACAAACGCUCCCGCCGCUCUCGCUCCGACAACGCCCUGCACCUGGUGGCGGACCGGCCCACUCAAAUGGUGGAGCCGCCCUACCGCCGCGUUCAGGAGGAUUACGAUCGCUUCCCCUCUGGCCACGCUGCCCGGGAGUUGUACGGUCUGGAGCCCGGCGGGUACAGGCAGCAGCCCCACCGGCCCUGCCCCCGCACCACGUCUGAUCUCACCCUGCAGAAUGCUGGCUGGCAGCCUGUGGGGCUAGGGGGGCCUUGCUGGGGCGACGGCUACAUAGAGGCUGCCGACCCUUGGUGCUCUAGCUGCUCCUCUUCCUCCGAGUCCGAGGGAGACGAGGCAUAUUUCCUGGGCGAACCGAUCCCCCGGCCCGUGCAGCUGUGCUACAUCAACAACGAGGAGCUGCGCCAUCGCUACAGCCCCUCUGGGAUCGGUGGCCAUCACGGACCGCUGCACGGACCGAUUCACGGCCAGCUGCACACCCGCCAGAGGAGGAAGAGCAAAAACUGCAUAAUUUCCUAGAUAUAGAGCAAAGGGAUGGCGAGAAAUGAGCAGGAGAGUGAAAGAGAUGAGAGAGAGAGAGAGAGAAAGGUAAGAGAACAGUUAGAGAGGAGGAACAGAGAGUGGGAAGGUGAGAGUGAGACAGCUGAGAGUUAGAGUGAAUAAAGACUUUUUCGUGUGUGUGUGUGUGUGUGUGUGUGUGUGUGUGUGUGUGUGUGUGUGUGUGUGUGUGU